AGUAGGGUCAAAGUCAAACCACUCCCAGAAAUCAGGCCCUCAGUUCACCAAAUUCCGGCAACCGAGCACCCUCUUUUCAUCUUGCUCCUCGAAAAAUGCAAGGAAAAAAACCACCUCAAACCCGGUGAAGCAGGUAAACAAGCCGACUAUGUGAUCAAGGUGUUUCACCAGUACGCGCGAGAGCUCAAGGCUAUCCGACAAAUCUACACGCUCGGAAAUUCGCCUCUUUCAGAGGAAGAAGUGUUUAUGGGCACCAUUCUUGAACAGUCAUCUCAGACCAAGAUGCGAGAUGAAAUGUCUGUUCGUUUACGCGAAGUGUCGGGUCAAUUGGUCGACCGGAUUCGAUGGACGUUCGAGGGCUAUCUAGGCGACCCCCUGAUGCCAUGGCUCGCGCGCACCUUUUAUGCAUUCCAGUACGCACUUUCUCCUGCAGCAGGGAAGAACAAGAAUGGCGGUAUCGUGACCGAGUGGAAAGAAGCACAAUACCGGAUUCUCGAAGAGGCCGAGGCUAUCGAGAUUAGGAAAAGGUCUCUAACUGAUUCUCGACGUCAAGGGCAUGUUCAA